CGCCCCUCCCCUCGCUCCCCGCCGCGGCUCAUGAAUAUUAACGAAUCCCGCCCAAUCGGGUGGUGCGGCGGUGGCAGCGCUUUGGUGGCGUAAUCGCCCCGCCUUGCAGCGGGAUUAAUCUGCAUAUUCAUGAAUGGGCGGGGCGGAGCGCGGGCGUUUAUAAGGCGCCGCCCCGCCAGGCUCGCCGUACAUUGCGCUGAGGCUUUGAAGUGCUGUGUCGAUCCCGCACCGCCCGGGCACCGGUCAGGAUGGCAUCAGACGAGGGAAAGCUCUUUGUCGGCGGGCUCAGUUUCGACACCAACGAGCAGUCGUUGGAGCAAGUCUUCUCUAAAUACGGACAGAUUUCGGAAGUCGUGGUGGUUAAAGACAGAGAAACUCAGAGAUCCAGAGGUUUUGGGUUUGUUACUUUUGAAAACAUCGAUGAUGCAAAGGACGCAAUGAUGGCCAUGAACGGAAAGUCCGUAGAUGGGCGUCAGAUCCGAGUGGACCAGGCUGGGAAAUCCUCCGAGAACAGAUCCCGUGGCUACAGAGGGGGGUCCUCGGGGGGCCGGGGCUUCUUCCGCGGGGGCCGAGGCCGGGGCCGCGGCUUCUCCAGAGGAGGUGGAGAGAGAGGCUAUGGCGGCAGCAGAUUCGAUUCCAGAAGCGGAGGCUAUAACGGCUCCAGAGACUACUAUAAUAGCAGGAGUCAAGGUGGCUAUGGAGACAGGAACUCGGGAGGCUCCUACAGAGACAGCUACGACAGUUACGGUAAGUGCCGCUCCGAGCGGGAGCGCUGAGUCCGUGUGCUGUAGGAGCUCUGAACCUGCUGAGCCUGAGCCUGGAGUGGGGCAGGCUCAGGCUGUGGACGUGGUGGUGCCGGGAGAUUCUAAUUUAAUGCAUGUGCAGGAGUUGCUCGGAUCUAAGGCAAAGCAAGUGUUAAAAAAGGUUGUUCUGGCUGCCCUUACGCUCUGACCCGCGGGUGGGGGAUCUCACAGUAGCCAAGUAGCAGUAGCCUCGGAAUAAUGCAAGGGAGUAAAAUGCUGGAACUUGUCUUUGCUUCAGUGCCUUUACAAUUGUGCCUGCUUCUUGUCCUCAGCUACACACAACGAGUAAAAAUCCUUCCUGACUCAAGAUCGUCCUUCCAAUGGCUGUAUUUAUAAAGAUUUUUGGAGCUUCGCUGAAAUGGUUAUUGUGUAGUACAUCUACUUGUAUUUUCACUUUUGUAGUAUUAUCAGUUCUGAUCUUGUCAAACACAGCCUGGCAGCUUCUGAAAUGAGAUGGUCUGAUUAGACUGUCUUGGAGAAAGCUCUGCUUUCAAGUGGUUUUAAUCUUUUUUGAAAGCACUUCAGAUUUUAUUUUAUCCUCCAUGAAUGAGCCAAGGUGUUACUUUUUUUUUUUUUUUAAAGUUGGGGCCCCAAUUCAGUUUCUUUUGAGCUAGAAAGGACUUUGAACCGAUGUUCACUGGAAGCUGAACAAGCUGUGGACUAUUUUUUUUUUUUUCAAGUGCAUUACCUUCGUCUUUUGUAACAUUCCUUUAGUGUAGCAAGGUAGGAAUGCGGCCUGGGUUCCGUUGGAAGGCAAACCACCUUGAUAUAUCUAAAGAGAAACGUGCUUGUAUGUUCAACCCGCAUAACGGUAUUUUUACUGUUGUAACGAUGUAAAUGACCCAGAACUAGACUUGCAAACUUACCAUAAAGAGGUUCUUGAAAAUGUUUAUUUAUAUUGUCCUUUUUUACUGGAAGAAAUAUGCAUAUUCCAUUGCUGUUGUAUUUGAAGUGGUAAAGGAUUCCUGUAUACAGUUUUCUUUGGCUUUACGAAGCCUAUUAAAAGACCGUCUGAAAUGAA